CUCAACUUACCUCAACUCAAUCCGUAUUAACUCCCCCCCCCCCCUCCUUCGUCUGCACCUUCUUCCUUUGCUUCUUCUCCUUUCUCUCAACCUACUUUUCUUCUUCCAUUUCCUGUUUCAUCCGUUCUACAACCAACCAAAACAAAACCACAAUCAUUCAUAAUGAAUCCCCAUCAGCAGAAUAAGAUCGAUACCAGCUCGCUGAGCCCCGAUGAGCAACGCCUGCUUCGUCUCUACGGCAAGAUGCCUAACAAGAAGGAUCUCCUGCAGAACAAGCUGAAGGAGCGGAAAUACUUCGACUCAGGCGAUUACGCCCUCAGCAAAGCCGGCAAAGCCUCAGAUGUCGGCGUCACCAACAUCGGCUCCCAACACCCCGUGCCCGAGAACAUCCCUCACCUGACUGCCACCUCCCCCGGCGCCAACAACCCCGCCGCUGCCGGCAAUGGGGGCAGCAUCAGCGCCCAGGGCGGCCAGCAGGUCCCCGGUAGUAUCAGCGGCCAUCCCGGCUCCAUCGGAUUCCAGAGCCGCAGCCCCGUCAAAGAGGCCAGCUUCCUGCAACGAGGAACCAGCGUCGAUGAGGCCGAUGGAAACAACCUCGAUGCAGUCGCAUCCCAGGAUCCCACCGAUGCCGGCAGCGUGAGCCCACCUCCGGCUCGAGGGGGUGUUCCCAUCCGUCAAUAAAUGAUUCCCCCCCCCCCGGUCCCUUAUCAUGAUCUCAUUACUUUCAUGUCAUCCUUUAUUUGGUUACAUCUCUUCCUUCGUAUAUCUUUUGUUAAUUCCGUCCCGGUGGUCGGUGGUAUUUAAAAGAGUGUUCUGGCGCCAUGGAUUCCCACGUCACGUUGUUUCUUGACAUUCCGAUGUAUUUACGACCUUAUCAUUGAUCAUUAUUUUUUUUUCCCUUUCUCUUAUCUUUUGCC